AUGCGAGUCCUGGUGGAGUUUGCUAACGGGAGCCAUAUUGAUUAUUACCGGCAUUUCAGUCCCAACAUGGCUCUGGUUGGGGAAGGAUCAUGGGAUGAGAGCAAGAAUCAGCUCUGUAUUGUUGCUUGCCGAUUUAUGGACAUGGCUCAAUCUUUUUCUGAUGCUCAUCUUGGUGAUUGUUCAACCAUGUUGAGCUUGAGGUUCCCUGCAGUCUGGUCAAUCAGAGGUGUUAAUAGCAUUGUGGGACAACUUUGGAGCGAAAGGUCUGUGAAUGAAUCCGGUUAUUUCGAUAAUAUCAUGUUUCAAAGUGGUAGCAAUCAUAUGCAAGGCGGUGCCGCUGUGUCUAGUGUGAAGUAUGAGUAUUCCAAGAUUGAGAUAGCGAGGAAGUCAUGCUCAAAUCCUUCUAAAACCAAAGGGAAAGUAUACCCAGAUGCGUUUUCUAAUGAAAUGAGAAUCGACAUGUCAGUGAAAAAUUCAAAAGGAGAAGUUGGUUGGGGUAACUCUGUUCCAAUCUCUGUUGGUAAUCAGCUCCAUCAGUACUCAAGCUAUAUGGAGCCUGAAGAGCCAGCGAAUUUCAACAGCAGUGGUCCAGUCAAUACCAGCUACCACAUAGGCCUCACAACGUACUCGAGUAACUCGACGAACUCUCCAUUCAACACAUCUUUAAAAUUGCAAGAGAGCUUUGAGAUCUUAGCUGAAGGGUUGUAUGAUGCUGAAACAGGAAUCUUGUGUAUGGUAGGGUGCAGAACUCACUCAAAUGAUUAUUUGGAUUGUGAGAUUCUUGUCAAUUUUGAGUUCCCUUCAACAAAUAAAAGAAAUUCAGGUCCUAUCAAGGGAACCAUUCAAAGCACACGGGAAAAAUUUGAUAAUCUUUACUUUGAAGUUUUAAACUUGACUGCAAAUGCUUAUUACAGGGAUCAAACCUCCAUUCCGAGGAUGGAUGCAGAAAUCAUUAUGGUACUUAUCUCCACAACACUUUCAUGUGUUUUUGUGGGACUCCAACUCUUUCAUGUCAAAAGGCACUCUCAUGUGCUUCCCUUCACCUCACUUGUCAUGCUGUCCAUUCUCACUUUGGGUUACAUGAUACCUCUUGUUCUCAACUUUGAAGCCUUGUUCCUGGGAAAUUAUAGUAAGCAAAGAAUAUUGCUUAACAGUGGUGGAUGGAUUGAAGCAAAGGAGGUAAUUGUAAGGAUGGUUGGAAUGGUAGUUUUCUUGUUUCAAUUCCGUCUUCUGCAUAGAACAUGGUCCGCAAGAAGGGGUGUAGGAAAUCAGAAGGCUUUGUGGGUUGCUGAGAAGAGGGUUCUCUUUGUGGUUUUACCAUUAUGUGCAGCUGGGGCUUUAGUAGCUGUGAUAGCCAACUGGGUGAAUAAUGAAAAUACCUUAAGAACCAAUGCACGUUCUUAUUGGCGUGAUUUAAAAUCUUUUGCUAGUUUGGUCUUGGAUGGGUUUCUUUUGCCUCAAAUACUGCUCAACCUGUUUUUGAACACCAGAGAGAGAGCUCUCUCUUGUGCAUUCUACAUGGGGAACACUAUAGUCAGAUUACUACCUCAUACAUAUGAUCUUUACAGGGCUCACAAUUAUUUCCACCAGUAUGAUGGGUCAUACAUAUAUGCAAAUCCUGGUGCAGAUUUUUAUUCCACUGCUUGGGAUGUGGUUAUCCCUCUUGGGGGUUUGGUUUUUGCAUUGAUCAUUUUCUUGCAGCAGCGGUUUGGUGGUCGGUUCAUCCUUCCUCGGAGGUUUAGAGAGUUGGAAGGGUAUGAAAAGGUGCCUGUGGUUAUCUUCCUUGUAAUUGAGUUUAUGGCUCUGUCAAUACCUGUCCUAGCUGAUGUUAUCUCUAUUUGGUGGUGCUUUGUUUCAUAUAUCUAUAAGGAUCAGAUUCAGUAUGACAAUUAA